UUCAGUUGGUGGAUAUAUUCUUCUUGCAUUUAUGCUGGGGCGGGGGAAUUCUUUCCGCGAUGUCAAUACGCUGAGGUCGUAGUAUCUUUGCAAACUCCUCCCCUGUUUAGUGCCCGGAUUUUGCGACCUGACUUAGGAUGAUGUUUCUCCUUUGCAAAAGAAAAGCCGGCGAAAUGCUUUAUAAACAGUGCAGAGGUACGAUGAAAGCUGGCUUUAAGGAUCUCGACUACGUUGUGUACCACCCCUUUCAUUCCAGGUCCAUUUUAAAAUAUCAGACUCGAUUAAUUAAAAAGGAGUUUUGUACUGCUGUAGUUGAAACAUAUGAUGCAAGAAAAGUAAAUCUGACACCACUUGAACAAAGAAAACUAUCUUUUGACACACAUGCUUUAGUAAAGGACCUACAGGCCAGUGGUUUCAAAAAGGAAGAAGCAGAAAUUCUUGUUACAACACUAGUAACAUUAACCACUGCCUGUAUGGAUACGGUGUAUCGAGACAUGGUAACAGGAUCUCAUCAGGAAAUUGCACUACAACAAAUAAUGGCUCAUCUCGACUCAAUCAAAAAAGAUAUGGUCAUUUUGGAGAAAAGUGAAUUUGCUAAUCUGAGAGCAGAGAAUGAGAAAAUGAAAAAUGAGUUAGAACAAGUUAAACGACAGCUCUUGGAAGAAAGUAAGAAGAUCAAAGCUGAUGCCAAACUUGAUAUUAAUUUGGAGAGAAGCAGAGUAACUGACAUGUUUACUGAACAAGAGAAGAAAUUAAUGGAAGUUAGUACAGAAUUUCACAAAAAGAAUUCAGAAGUAGACCGUACUACUAUGGAAGCACACAAAAAAAUAGACAUUGAAGUAGCCUCACUAAAAGUUUUGCUGGAGUCACUUAAACUACAUACAGCACGCUACCUUGCAGCUACAGUUUUUACCUGCCUUGCAAUUGCAUUGGGUGUUUACCGAUUUUGGAAAUAAUGGCUGAUAUCAGAGAUUUCAAAGAUACUGUACCAUUUUUGCAUUUUUUUUUGGACAAAGAACUCUAUAGAUCCAGUUGCAUUGAAGAUACAGUAACAACCAAAGUUUUGUUGUGUAAAAUAAAGUAGCAUUAUACUGUAUGUUUAUUUGCUGUUCAGUUGUGCAUGUUGUUUGGUAUAAACAGUAUACUGACAUUCAAAAAUGCAUUACAAGUAUUCUUUUUAUAAAUAAACAUUUGAUCAUAAAAAAUGUACAAUGUACUAACAUCUCUUAGUCCCACAAACACACUUCAUCCUUGCACCUUUCAUUUUGUUACAAUAUUGGACCCUUGAACAAGGCUCUUAACCUGAAAAUUGCUCCAGUGGUGCUGUGCAAUAGUUGACCCUCCACUCUGACCCCUAAAGGUCAAGCAGAAAGUCAAUUUACCCUCAGGGUGAAAUUGAAUGUAAUUAGAUGUAACUGAUCAACAUGAAAACUCUAUAAUGUGAGAACAAAAUUCUACAGACCACUCAAAUUUUCUCAGUUUCGUAACUUCAUUAGGUACACCUAUCAUAAUUGUGAGUUGAUCUCCCAUCAAACCUCAAAACAAACUAAAUAUUUCCAUACAUAGAUUGUUUGCCUUCCAAUAAUUAUAGCAGAGUAGCCGACUGUGAAACUAUUAUCUCUAAUGUUUGAUUCUAUUUUCACAUUCAUUUGAAUUAAGAUCGGAUGACUACAGAGUCCACGGAUUAUAUUUCCAGAACAGUUCCAAGAACUAUUUCCUUGUCCUUGUUGCAUGAGGAAUUACUCUGUUGAAAAGUACCAUUCUCAAAUGGGUUAAAUGUUACUGAUUUUGAAGGUACACAAUUAGCAAUGAUGUUCAGAUAUCUUAUAAUGCUCAAACAUUGCUCUCCUUAAUGGGGAAGACCAAGUCUGUGUCUUAAAGUAAACCCAACAUUACUUCUCUGCUACCAGCCAGCAUUGUUAACCUGGAGAAAACGGAGCAAUGGAUUUCAAUGGGUUUUACUGUGUUCUGUUUCUUCCUUCUGUGGUGAUUGUCAGGAUUUAGUUUGUCAGACCAAGAGAUGUUUUUGUGCCUGCACAGUCCAAGGUUUAUGUGUUCUGUAAUCUAUUACAAACUCACCCUGUUUUAUGUUAAGAGACAUUGAACUUGCUUGGGUCACUGGUUGCUGUAGCUCAUCCAUGACAAGUUACAAUGAAUUAUGCAUUCCAAUGUGCUUUUUUUAGCACAGCUAGAGUAGUCCUCUUUUACAAAACUGUUCCUACAGAAGCGGUGUCAGCCUUUUUUACAAAGAAUAAUUUUUUAAACACAGAAUAGCAAUUUAGUGAAUGUUUUUCACAUUGUAACCCAUUCAUGACACUGUAAUAUGUGAAAACUUUAACAGGAUUGCUGGUCUUAUGUUGUAUCUAUUGUCUGUUCUGUCUUACAAUAGACCAUAAUACCUUACACUGAUUAAAUUCUAAGUGGCAUAUGAAGAGUAAAUUAAACUCUGGUGAAGAACCAAGUUACAGUAUCAAAAUCAGAAAAUACAGUUUUGUUAUGCGGAUGCUUUUGUCAGCAGCAAUGAUUGUCAGUCUUUGUCAGGGUUGAUGAAAACAAAAUGAACUAGGUAGAAAGUCUGUUUCGUUUGGGCAGUGCCCCUUUGAAUACUGGCAGAGCAAUGCAACAGUGACUUAAAAUGAAAAAAUAGAUGCCCAUAAGAGGCCCAGUCAUAAUCUUAACCAUAAGACCUAUUAAAAAUCUGUGGCAGAACCUCAAAAUUACUAUCCAUAUAUGAUGACAGAGCAGUCCAAUUUGCCAGGAGACUAUAAAAUUCAAGCCUGAAUGAAUGGCAUAGAUCAAAUUAAGAUGUUAACAAUACACCCCAGACUAAUGUUGCCAGUUUUGUUGCAGUCCUUUCUGUGCAAAACACUUAUUCUAACCCACACACUUCUGCACUACUGCCAGCAUCACGAUUGCAAGGUAUAAUUAUGGAGAAAAUAGAAGAAAAAUUUGCAAAUGGUGAAACAGAGGAAGAAUGCAGUUACCUAUUUUGGUCUCAUCUUUGACUGACCACAGAAUUGGCAGACAGUCUCAUUUCAUGUUUGCACAGCUGAUCAUUCCCACAUCACCCUAUAAAUUGUGUGAAGACUCAUACAAGCAUACAUUGCUUCUGCUAAGAUCAUGGUUAAAACAUGGUGUUGCCUACACUGCCAAAUUGGGCCAAAUCCCUUUUCAAACCCUUCCUCUGGUAGCCAUAAUUGGAUGUACAUCUUUUUACAUGGUACAAUUCCCCAAAAACACACAUCUCAAAGGCAUUUUUAGUUGUUUAUCAGAACACUAUACUUUACUGCAGUUCAGAACAACUGUGUUUUGGAACAGAUAACUUUGACUUAAAUAUUGUCUGAUCAAUUUCACUUGUCAUAUUUAUGUGUCAUCAUAUAUACAUUUUAACCAAAACACUUCUAAAUGUAUUACAUGAAUAAGUGCAAUAAUGUUGUAUACAUUUUUCACAUACUUAUUACAAAUUCAAAACUUAUUGGUUAUAGAGAAUCAAAAGCAGAUUUGAACUAAACUAAUCCAAAAUAAUUAGUCCGGUGUUUCAGUAAACAUAACUUG